UACAAAACCAUAACAACGAUUUUAUUGGUUGUAGGUUUACUGUCAUCUCACUCCUGUAAUUGUUAAACAACAUAUUCCUCCAAUAGUGGGAGGGAUUAAAUAAUGUUUCUGAUACAAUGAAGAGCACAAUAAAUUACUCUAAAUUAAUUUUAAAUUUGGACUAUGAAUCUUUUUGGCUGUCCUCUGUGCCAGAGGCUUGCAGGAUCCUCAGAUCAGCUCAAUGAACUCCUCAUCUCAUGGCUUUAACAUGUCGACUGGCCUGAGAAGUCGAGACUCUUACAGCACAGCUGUGGCCAAAAAUGUGAUCGUUCUGACUCUUGGCCUUAUCAUCAACUAUAUCAACGGUGCCCUGAUUCACACCAUCCGAAAACACCAGAUAUUUUAUAUGAAACCCCAUUAUGUCCUCUUCAUCCACCUGGUGGUGAACGAUAUGAUCCAGCUGGCCACAACAAUAAGUCUGUUUGUCUCAACUUAUAUAUUCUACAAAAUUAAUGUCUCCCUUUGUUGCCUCAUCAUUACCGUUGUCGUCUUCACCACCCUCAACACUCCGCUGAAUCUGGCUGUGAUGGCGGCGGAGUGCUACAUCGCUGUCUGCUUACCACUGCAGCACGCCAAGCUGUGUACCAUCAAAAGAACGCACAUUCUGAUUGGUUUGAUUUGGGCCGUGAGUGCACUCUCAGCCCUGCCAGAUGUGUUCAUUACUCUGGCAACUGAGCCUGUACAGUUCUUUUAUUCCACCAUCUUCUGUGAAAAAGAUAACCUGUUCCAACAUCCUUUGCACUCAAAAAAGAGGAACGUUUGCUACAUCAUUUAUCUCGUUGCUGUUUGGCUCACUCUCUUCUACUCUUACUUCAAGAUCUUCUUAGCUGCUAAAAAAGCUAAAGCUGUUAAAUCAGGUAAUGGAGACACAAAGAAGGCCAGGAAUACAAUCCUGCUGCAUGGCUUCCAGCUGAUGUUAAGUAUGUUAACUUAUGUAGCCCAUUUCUUUAUAAAGGCUCUGGUUUACUUCUUUCCCACACAUUAUUUACAAAUAGUAUUUGUUUGCUACAUCCUCAUCCAGAUAUUUCCCAGGUUUGUCAGUCCUAUUGUGUACGGCCUACGAGACAAGACGUUGAGACAGUAUUUGAAAAAGCAUCUGCUGUGCCAGUGAGAGCGAGUGUCAAACCAUGCACUGCAGGUAGCAGAUUCAGCAGCUGCAUGUGGCUCACAUCACACCUCCUCCACAGGUGGAGGUUCUCAGUUUUCAGGCUGUUGUAUUAGAGCUCAAAUGCCUGGGCUCUUACAACUCAGAUUCCAAAAAGGUUUGGAUGCUGUGUGAAAUUUCAAUAAAGACAACAAAUAAACUGUUUACCAACAGCAGCUUUAUGCAGCGGCGGCUCACGAGGAAACCGACCAAAUCUCAGCCACACAGUUUCAUACCCAAUCAUGACACAAAGUUGCCAAAUCGCCUGAUUUUCACACCCAUUUUCAUGUACCAAUUUCCUCCCGGGAUCACAAUUCUCCUGCAUUUCUCCUGGUUUUCACAAUUUCCCCUUACAAUUCAAAGUAAAAGUAAAAGUAUUUCACAG